AUGCAUCUAUUUACGGCAAGGGAUUUAUUGUUCGACAAAUGGCAUUUCAGUCUUCAGAAUACAGCCGUUGCAAUCAAGAACCAACUUGUUGCUAUAUAUUCAGCUUCUGAUCAAUCAGUGUUCUACAUAUCCAGCAUUGAAGGCUAUCAAGAUUCUCUCUACUCAGACUCUCUUCGCCAAUACUAUCGAGAAUGCGUCAUUUAUGGAGCCGGUGAUUUCAUUAUCAGAUUUCCAGCAACUGUUAUACAGUCCGGAGCUUUAAGUCAAGCUCAAAGGAAUGCCUUGCAAAGGUAUUGCAAGUUAGAUCAACACGCUCUCUCUAUUAUUUACACGGGCUUAGAUGAAGCCAUAUUCGAGAAAGUUACGUCCUCUACAAAAGCUAAGGAAGCUUGGGAGAUUCUCGAGAACAAUUUCAAGGGAAUUGAAAAAGUGAAGAAGGUGCACCUUCAAAUCCUUCAUGGAGAGUUUGAAUCUCUGCACAUGAAAGAGUCUGAAUCUGUCUUUGACUAUUCCACUAGAGUGUCCUCCACUGCCAAUCAUAUGAAGUGGUACGAGGAGAAUAUUGCAGAAAGUCAUGUCAUUGAGAAAAUUCUUAGAUCACUUGAGUCAAAACAUGAGUUUGUUAGUAUUGCCACUGAAGAGUCUAAUGACUUGGAUACCAUGACCCUUGAUCAACUCAUGGGGCCCUUGCAAGCAUAUGAAGAAAGAUUGAAGAAGAGAGGAGAACAUGUAGCUCAAGUUCUCCAAACGAAUGUCUCCUUGGGAGGUCAACUGAAAGAGCAAGGACGAUCUCAAGGAAGAUGUCAAAUUCAUGGUCGAGGUCGUGGUCGUGGUCGCGGAGGAAAUUAUGGUCGUGGUAAUGAAAAAAAUGAUGAAAAACAAAAUUUGAAUAAUGAAGGAUCAAGCAAUCACUCGAGAGGAUGA